CGGCCGCGGAGGCCGAGCCCGGCGGCCGGGCGUGGGGCGAGCGGGGCCGGGAGCCGGAGGCCGCCGGCGGUCCUGCGCGGGGCGCGGUGGGCUCCUGCCUGCGAGGUCGGGCAAGGCGCGGAGAGGGCGGAGGAGAGGCCGGGAGAAGCCAGCGAGCGGAUUUUCUGGUGUGGAGGACAAUCCCGCCCCGGACUCCGAUCCGCAAUAACAACCCAAACUAUUAAUAAGGGAGCCGUUUUUCUGGCCGGGCGAGAGGGAGGCGAGGGGGAAGGCGAGGAAGCGAAAUCUCCUUUUCAUGGAGGCUGAAGCAAGAGAAAUUUUCGGAGCCUGGAUGUGAAGGAGCAAAACAGCAGAACUCACUCAGGAAAUUGUCUUUCAGAAAAAGGCCGAAGCUUGGCUGGGUCUGAGAAUCGGGCUGGGGUAGGUGGAGAAACCUGCAAGUUUAGAGGAAAAAGGAAAGGAGAAAAUAUUUUCAGAGAUUUUUCUCUGGUUUGUGCUUAUUGCUACCAUUUUAAAGGUAAAAAGCAUUGCAUUUCAGGUGAUUUUUUUUUGGAGGGUGCGUUUGGCUCAUUUAAGAAUUUCAAAACCUUUCAUGUAAAAGCUUUUUUUUUUUUAAAGGAAAUUCAUAAUUUUGGUUCCCAGGGUUGCAGUGGACUUGGAAGGAGUGCUGUUGUGUACAUACUAUUAUUGUAUGGUUUUAUUUAUUUAUUUUUUUACUGUGCAGAUCAGCUGGAAGAUUUUUUUUUUUUCCAAGUGCCAACUCGGAUUUAUUCUUUUUUUUUUUUCAUUCUUUCUUUCCUCAAAUAUAUCUGUUGUCCUCUUAAGCAUUGGAAACCAUAGAAUUACCCCCCCCUCCUUUGGAGCUUGAGGCUCUCUUGCCAAACAAGGACAGCUGGGAAAACUGGAUUAAAAGGAUGGGUUUUAUCUGUAUUUUGCAGUGAAGACUGAUAUUUUGAAGGCACAUUCUUUCUGUGAUUCAUUUUUUUUAGCCCAUAGCGCUAACCUUGAAGUGAUUUGUGGUUGGGUUUUUGGUUUCUAAGAAGGUCGUGGUUUUUCCUCUUUUUCUUUUUUUUUUUCUAAGAGGAGGGAAGGAAAAGGGGGCUAAGAAAAGAGACCAUGUUAACUGGUAGAAGUAGAAUGGAGCUUCAGUUACCAGGAUCCUGAGAGCUGGAGGAAAACGGGUUCACUCUUCAAAUUGGGAGACCCUCUCACGUUUCUUAAAAAUUGCAAACAAUUCAGUUCUGAUCAAGACAUCAAAACUACAGGAUUCUGGAACCUCGGAGACACUGAGAAACCAUGAAUGUAAGGUUACCCCAGAGUAUAGACAGCCCCAUUGCAGCCUGGUUGAGUAGCCUGUCCUUGGGAGAUUCGGCACCCGAUCGCAAGUCCCCUUCCCACCACCGCCAACCCUCUGACACCUCUGAGACAGCAGGUCUUGUUCAGCGCUGUGUCAUCAUCCAAAAGGACCAGCAUGGCUUCGGUUUCACAGUCAGCGGGGAUCGCAUCGUCCUGGUGCAGUCCGUGCGGCCUGGAGGUGCAGCCAUGAAAGCCGGUGUGAAAGAGGGCGACCGGAUCAUCAAAGUGAAUGGCACCAUGGUGACCAACAGCUCACACCUGGAGGUGGUAAAGCUUAUUAAAUCUGGUGCCUAUGUUGCACUGACCCUCCUGGGCUCUUCCCCCGCAUCUAUUGGUGUCUCCGGGCUCCAGCAGGACCCAGCCCCAGCAGGGGCCCCCCGAGUCACGCCCGUGCUCCCACCACCACCACCUCCUCCAGCUCUGCCACCGCCGCAGCGCAUCACGGGGCCCAAACCGCUGCAGGAUCCCGAAUUUCAGAAACAUGCCACCCAGAUCCUUAGGAAUAUGCUGAGGCAGGAGGAAAAGGAGCUACAGCGUGUCUGUGAGGCGUAUAGCCGGAACCCUGCCAGCCUGCUGGAAGAGCAGAUCGAAGGUGCCCGGAGGCGAGUCACUCAGUUACAGCUGAAGAUCCAGCAGGAGACUGGAGGCUUAGUGGACAUACUUCCACUCUAUGGCAACAGCAGCCAGAGACCAUCAGAAGGCCAACUCUCUGUGGAUUCCCAGGAGGGGGACAGCGGCUUGGACUCAGGGACAGAACGCUUUCCUUCUAUCAGUGAGUCUGUGAUCAAUCGGAACUCGGUACUCUCGGACCCUGGGUUAGACAGUCCCCGAACCUCCCCCGUGAUCGUGGCCAGGAUGGCCCAGCACCACAGGCGGCAGGGCUCCACCAGCGACCAGGGUGUAGACCAAAGCUCAAAGCCUUUGAUUAUUGGCCCAGAGGAAGAUUAUGACCCGGGUUAUUUCAACAACGAGAGCGACGUCAUAUUCCAGGACCUUGAGAAACUCAAGUCACGGCCGGCUCACCUGGGGGUUUUCCUGCGUUACCUCUUCUCUCAGGCGGACCCCGGCCCACUGCUUUUUUACCUGUGUGCAGAAGUUUAUCAGCAGACAAACCCCAAGGAGUCCCGGAGCCUGGGAAAAGACAUCUGGAACAUUUUCCUAGAGAAAAAUGCGCCCCUGAGAGUGAAGGUCCCAGAGAUGCUGCAGGCUGAAGUAGACUUGCGCCUGCGGGCGGGUGAGGACGUCCGCGGUGUUCUCGGUGACGCUCAGGAGGCGGCCCUGCCGGAGAUCCAGGAGCAGAUCCACGACUACAGAACAAAACGCACUCUGGGUCUGGGCAGCCUGUAUGGGGAGAAUGACCUGCUGGACCUGGAUGGGGACCCCCUCCGAGAGCGCCAAGUGGCCGAGAAGCAGCUGGCUGCCCUAGGCGACAUUCUGUCCAAAUACGAGGAAGACAGAAGUGCCCCCAUGGACUUUGCCCUCAAUACCUACAUGAGCCACGCUGGGAUCCGUCUGCGAGAGGCACGGCCUUCCAACACAGCUGAAAAGGCCCCGUCUGCUCCUGACAAGGAUAAGUGGCUACCCUUCUUCCCGAAGACCAAGAAGAGCAGCAAUUCUAAGAAAGAGAAGGAUUCCUUGGAGGACAAGAAGCGAAACCCCAUCCUCAAAUACAUUGGGAAGCCCAAAAGCUCUUCCCAGAGCACAUUUCAUAUUCCCUUGUCCCCUGUGGAAGUCAAACCAGGCAAUGUGAGGAACAUCAUUCAGCACUUUGAGAACAACCAGCAGUAUGAUGCCCCGGAGCCUGGGACGCAGCGACUCUCAACAGGAAGCUUUCCCGAGGACCUGCUGGAGAGUGACAGCUCCCGCUCAGAGAUCCGCCUGGGCCGUUCCGAGAGCCUGAAGGGCCGGGAGGAGAUGAAGCGGUCUCGGAAGGUGGAGAACGUGCCCCGCUCUCGCAGUGACGUUGACAUGGACGCCGCUGCCGAGGCUGCGCGUCUCCACCAGUCAGCCUCCUCCUCUGCCUCCAGCCUCUCCACCAGGUCUCUUGAGAAUCCAACCCCUCCCUUCACCCCCAAAAUGGGCCGCAGGAGCAUUGAGUCCCCCAGCUUGGGGUUCUGCACAGAUACCCUCCUCCCUCACCUCCUAGAGGAUGAUCUGGGCCAGCUGUCUGACCUGGAACCCGAGCCAGAUGCGCAAAACUGGCAGCAUACAGUGGGCAAGGAUGUGGUGGCUGGGCUCAGCCAGAGGGAGAUUGACCGGCAGGAGGUCAUCAACGAACUGUUUGUGACAGAAGCUUCCCACCUGCGCACACUCCGGGUCCUAGACCUGAUCUUCUACCAGCGCAUGAAGAAGGAGAACCUGAUGCCCCGGGAGGAGCUGGCCCGGCUCUUCCCCAACCUGCCCGAACUCAUAGAGAUCCACAAUUCCUGGUGUGAAGCCAUGAGGAAGCUCCGGGAGGAGGGCCCCAUCAUCACAGAAAUCAGUGGCCUCAUGCUGGCACGGUUUGAUGGCCCCGCCCGGGAGGAACUCCAGCAGGUGGCCGCUCAGUUCUGCUCCUACCAGUCCAUAGCCCUGGAGCUGAUCAAGACGAAGCAGCGCAAAGAGAGCCGAUUCCAGCUCUUCAUGCAGGAGGCUGAAAGCCACCCUCAGUGCCGGCGGCUGCAGCUCAGAGACCUCAUCAUCUCCGAGAUGCAGCGGCUCACCAAGUACCCGUUGCUGCUGGAGAGCGUCAUCAAGCACACUGAGGGUGGUACCACCGAGCACGAGAAGCUGUGCCGGGCCCGGGACCAGUGCCGGGAAAUUCUGAAGUACGUGAAUGAAGCCGUGAAGCAGACAGAGAACCAGCACCGUCUGGAGGGCUACCAGAAGCGCCUGGAUACCACCUCCCUGGAGAGGGCCAGCAAUCCUCUGGCAGCAGAGUUCAAGAGCCUGGAUCUUACAGCGAGGAAGAUGAUCCAUGAGGGGCCCCUGACCUGGAGGAUCAGCAAGGAUAAGACCCUGGACCUGCUGGUGCUGCUACUGGAGGACCUCCUGGUGCUGCUGCAGAAACAGGACGAGAAGCUGCUGCUCAAGUGCCACAGCAAGACAGCCGCGGGCUCCUCGGACAGCAAGCAGACCUUCAGCCCCGUGCUCAAGCUCAACGCCGUGCUCGUCCGCUCCGUGGCCACAGAUAAGCGGGCCUUCUUCAUCAUCUGCACCUCCGAGCUGGGCCCGCCCCAGAUCUAUGAGCUGGUGGCAUUGACGUCAUCAGACAAGAACAUAUGGAUGGAGCUCUUAGAAGAGGCUGUGCGCAAGGCCACCCGGCACCCCGGAGCCGCCCCAACACCUGUCCUUCCCCCACCCCCAGACCCCCAGGAGCCAGCCCACCAGAGCCCCACACCCAGCAGGGUAGGACUGGAUGACUCAGAAGUGUUCCGGAGUGAACCAGAACCUGGGGGGCCGCCUGGAGGCCCUGGGCCCCAGCGGAGGGGCAGAGGGGAGCCUCCAGCCCUGCUAGAGGACCCCAAGCAGGAGGGCGACAUAGAGGAAGGGGGACUGGGCGCCCCACCUCACCCCUCUGCAUCCCUGGAUGGCGAGAACAGGGGCAGCAGAACAAGGGACCCCAUCAUCCUGCCCCUCCCAGGCCCCCUAUUCGUGGAAGGACUUGCCAGUGCAGCCCUAGAAGAUGUGGAGAACCUGCGGCACCUGAUCCUGUGGAGCCUGCUGCCAGGCCACCCCGUGGAGCCACCCGCUGCCAGGGAGCCCGAGGAUGACCUGACACCCACGCCUUCUGUCGUCAGCAUCACCUCUCACCCCUGGGAUCCAGGCUCUCCGGGGCAGGCUCCCCCUGAGCGGGGAGGGGACCAUCCCCAGCUCCCAGGACCAGAGCAGGAGGAUGUGGCUCUGAGUUCUCUGGAACACCUGCCCCCAAGGGCCAGAAAUUCUGGGAUCUGGGAGUCUCCCAAGCUGGACAGGAAUCCUGAGGAAGAGCCUCCAAGCACAGAGGCAGCAGGAAGUUACAAAGUUGUGAGAAAAGCUGAGGUGGCAGGCAGCGAGGCUGUCCCUGCACAGCCGGAGAGUGGCCAGCCAGAGCCCGAGCCGCCUGACGUGGGCGGCGGAGCAGAGGCCACGGGGAACUGCUUUUAUGUCAGCAUGCCGGCAGGAUCCCCGGACUCAAGCACUGACCCCUCGGGGUUGCCCACCAGCCCUUCCCAGCCUGACACCCUCCCUGCCUGGCAGACAGAGCCUCUGCCCCAGCUUCAGGGAGGCAGCGAAGAUCAAAGACCCCCCAGCCGCUCACCCCCACGGCUGGCCCUCAGGGACGUGGGCGCGAUCUUCCGCACCAUUGAGCAGCUCACCCUCAAGCUCAGCCGGCUCAAGGACAUGGAGCUGGCCCACCGAGAGCUGCUCAGGUCCCUGGGGGGAGAGUCAUCUGGCGGCACCACGCCUGUGGGCAGUUUCCACACACAGGCCGCUACGUGGACCGACAGCUUCCGGACACCUCCAGCUAGGGAGCCCCUGGCCUCUGACCCCAGAGACAGCCAGGAACUGGGGUUCUGCCAUGAGGAGGGCUCCAACAUCCUCCCGGAAGACGGCAUGGCAGACGCGGCCACUUCCCCAGGACCAUAGCCAUCCAAACCACCAAGUCCUCUGUGUGCCCGCUCCUCUGGGGACUGGCCCAAGGCAGGGGCACAGGGGAGGACUCCCUGCUAUGGGAGAGGCAGUUGAGGAGCUGGAUCCAGCCAAGCCCCGGGGCGGAAAGCCCCACAUGUUGCUGGAUCUGCUCAGAUUGGAGUCAAGUUCCGGAGUCUUUCCCCUCCCUCCCGCGCCCCCAUCCUGAGCAUGCUGACUGCAUCUGCGCCCGCCUAGAGGUGUGGGCGCCCUCAGACACAUGAGGGAAAGGCGGCUUCCGUGUAAAUGCACUUUCUCCCUCCCCUUCUCCACAGGCCCCAAGGCCAAGGUGGGCCGCCUCCGCCUCUCCUGUCUUUGUCACUUUGGUUUCCUAUAAAUAUGUAUGUAUUAUAUGUGCAUCUUUGGUAUUGUAAAUAACUUUGCCCUUUUUUGUUUCUGUUCCUGGGGUGCUGGAGGCAGUUUCGGAGGGACUGCUGAGGGAAGAGAAGGUUCCCGUGGACUGGGCUGGGGUCAGGGCCCAAGGGUAGAGCCGGGCCGAGUGCCUGGGUGGAAGGCCUCCCAGCUUCCAGCCCGCUGCCCGGCCUCUGGGGCUUGGUGCUGAGCUACCCCCUCCCUCCUAGGACUUGCCAUCUUCUGGGGACCUUCCUACCUCAGUGUGCCCACCCUUCCCACCCUGUCCCUGUAGAAAACCAGUGUAUCAGGUACAGAGGAAAACUGGGCGCCCGGAGGUCAGGGGUAGGGAGCUGAAUGCUGGAGUCCCUGAACUGACCCAGGACCAUGCCCAGGGCCAGCGCAGCAUCGGCCCCUGUUACCAUGUCCGCUCCGCCCCCCACUGACUAAUAGAAUAUACACACUGUGCUAGGUGUAUAUAUACAUAUAUAUAUAUAUAAAUAUAUAUAUAAUAUAUAAAAUACAGAUAUGGAAAUGACUGUUUUGCUGUUAAAAUAAUGUAUACUCUUUUAUUUUCUUCCUUUCAUGGUUAAGAUUUUUUUUUUAAGAAAAGUUAAAUAUUCUUCAACUGUGA